CCUUGCACCCCAGUGACACCGACAGCCCCUCUCUGUGGCCAGACGCCCACCGAAGCCUCCGCGAUGGAGCUGGGGAACAUCUCGCAGCCUGUGUAUGGCCCUGGCCCUGAGGCACCAGGAAGCAGCACGCCGGGCCUGGUGGGGAUGGUGCAUGGCUUCCUGCAGCUGGUGCAGCCCAAUGCCCUGCCCAUAGUGAUUGCAGAUUUUGGGCAGUCCCAGAGUGAGGACACCACUGGGGAGCAAGUCCAGGAGCUGCUGCUCUACGAACUGGGUUUCCUAGUCUGCAUGGCCAUUGGGCUUCUCUUCAUCAUCCUCGUACCCCUGGUGGGAUGCUGCUUCUGCUGCUGUCGCUGCUGCGGGAACUGCGGGGGCCGCAUGUACCAGAAGCAGGGCCGGGGGAUGGGCUGCCGGCGCCGGGCGCUCUGGGCAUCCGUCCUGCUGGUCUCUGCUCUCCUCCUGGCUGGUGAUGUCUAUGCUUUCAUCAGCAACACCCGUUUCUCCCAAGCCGUGUGUGGCACCUUCCCCAAUGUCAACAACACUGUGGACAACAUCCACACCUACCUGGCCUCCAUCCCUCAGCAAAUCAAUUUUAUCGUUGACAGCAGCGACGUCCCACUGGGCCACGCCAACCGCAGCCUCCAGGACUUUGGGCCCAACCUGGGUGGCAUGAUCGUCUCAGGCAUCAGGAACAGCACAGAUGGGGCUCUGCGAUCCCUCCAGAGCCUCUUGCAAGGGAUGGAGACGCUGGAGGCUGCCUUUGGCGGCAUUGCCGGCACUCGCUUGCACCUCGAGGAGCUGCAGAGCAACUAUAGCCGGCGGCUGGCCAGCCUGCAGGACAGCCUCAACCAGACCCUGCAGCGCUGUGGCCAACCCUGUGGCAACGUGUCCCUGGACGGCCUUGCCUUCAGCACCAACUUCAGCAUGAUCCCUGGUGUGGAGCAGCAGCUGGAGGCACUGAGUGAUGUGUCUGGCUCCAACAUAACAGCCGAUUUAAAGGAGGUUAACAGCACGCUGGACACAACCCCUGCCAAGGUGCAAGAGCAGUCCCGGGACGUGGUGACAAAGACCCAGGACCAGCUGGGCCUCAUCAGGCAGGAGAUCAAGAGCUUGCAGGAGCAUUUCCCACUCCUGGAUGUGGAGGAGAGCGUUGGAGCCUUCGUGGGCAAUGCCGUAUCAGCGCUGGAGGAGUACAGGGAGCCGAUCAUUGCCUUCGAUGGGCUCAGGUGGAGAGUGUGUGUCCUCCUGUGCUGCAUGGUGCUGCUGGUGGUGCUCUGCAACGCCAUCGGGCUGCUGCUGGGGCCCCUGGGGCUGAAGGAAAGUGUGCCGCCCACGCAGCGCAGCAGCCUCUCCAACGCUGGCGGGAACUUCUUCAUGGCAGGGGUUGGCUUCAGCUUCAUCUUCUCCUGGAUGCUGAUGCUGCUAGUGCUGAUCACCUUUGUGCUGGGGGGGAAUGUCUACAUGCUCGUCUGUGAGUCUUGGCACAACCAGCAGCUCUUCCAGCUCCUGGACACCCCUGACCUGUUCCCUGGCUUCAACCUGUCAGCGCUGCUGGGCCAGGAGGGUGGCACAGCAAACUUCUCAGAGAUCUACAGGCGGUGCCAGCAAGACACUGCCCUGUGGCAAACGCUAGACCUGGACCAAAGCGUGUCCCUGGAUGAGCUCUUGAACAUCAGCCAGUACACAGGAGAGAUCUCAACGUCCUUUGAGAAGAUGAACAUCACCCUGAGCCCCAUCUUGCUGCUCAACCAGAGACAGAGAGACUUGCUGCUGAAUGCGAGCUGGGCUGGGCAGCCCCCUGACUUCACACCCACCCUGGAGCAGCUGGAUCAGAACUUGACCUGGAGAAGCCUGCCAGAUCUAGCCGCAGAGCUGGAGCAGCUGGCAGACAAAGCGGGCACAGAUGUGAAAGAGAGCCUGAAGGCUGAUGCUCACAAGCUGAGGGAGCUGGACAAACAGAUGCAGCUGAACUUCUCUGGGCUGCUGCAACACCUGGAGGAGAACAUCCACUUGGUGCAGAAUGGGACUGCCCAGCUCGAGGCACAGACAAAAGCUGCGCUGGGCAAAGCCAGUGAAACCGAAUUGUUCGUGGAGAGGGAGACGGCAAACAUCAUCAAGAACGAGACGCGGGCCUUCCUGGAGGAGCUGUUGGACUUUGAGACCUAUAUCUCCUGGGCCAAGAGCAGGCUGACAGGAGACGUGGCACGUUGCAAGCCCAUAGCUCAGGCCCUGGAUAAUGUGGAGGUCAUCACCUGCGACUACCUCCUGGACUCUCUGAAUGCCUUCUGGUUCAGCCUGGGCUGGUGCACCAUCUUCCUGCUGCCCAGCAUCAUCCUGGCUGUCAGACUCGCCAAAUUUUACCGUCGCAUGGACACUGAAGAUGUCUACAGGAAUGAAGACUUGGAGAUGCCACCCACGUUCAACUACUACAAAAUCCCCCGGCCAUCCAUGAGGCAUUAGCCCCCGUUGCCCACAGCAUGGGCACAGAGGAAAUGGACACGGCUGUCUGCUACACCUUCUCCCUGGGCACUGGGGAGCAGGUUGGGACUCCCUGGCUGAAACACCUUCCCCGGUUCCCAAUAUGUGACGAUGUCCCAGUAUGUGUGGGAGGGGGGCUGCCCCUUGCAGUGCCCCAGGUGGGACUUAAUCUCCCUCGCCAGACCCCCAUGGGCUCAGGGCAGCUUGCACUGUCCAUGCCACUGCAGCCUCUAUGCUGCUGGCCAGCAGGAACCUGCUCACCCAGGCCCCUUGCUUGAAAAAUUUGACUUUUUCUUUUUGCAGGGAGCCUGCCUUUUUCCAAGGCUGUGAGUUUUUUG